UGUUGGCGAAGGAAGCUGCCGCUGUUGGUAGUACCACAAAGGAUCCUGGAAACUCCCAGAACCCGGGGACCGUCGUGGUUUGCAAAAGGGAAGAAGAAAGGAGAGUUGGACGCACCGAAGUGUCCAAGUCGGAGCACCACCCCCGGGGACACCUGUUCCUCUCCCUCCACCCCACUCUCCACCCCCUCCGACCCUGCGCCACUCGGCGCGCCCGGGCGCGCAAUGAAUCCCGUGCUGGGCAACCAGACGGAAGCGGCUGGGCUCUUCUUGGCCAACAGCAGUGACUCGCUGGAGCGGGUCCUGCGCUGCUGUACACAGGCGUCCGUGGUGACAGACGAUGGCUUUGGGGAAAGCGGGCAGGACGAACGGAGUCUGUACAUUAUGCGAGUGGUACAGAUAGCAGUUAUGUGCGUCCUGUCGCUCACCGUUGUCUUUGGCAUCUUCUUCCUCGGCUGCAACCUGCUCAUCAAGUCGGAGGGUAUGAUCAACUUCCUGGUGAAGGAUAGGCGACCAUCCAAGGAAGUGGAGGCGGUGGUUGUGGGACCUUACUGACCUUCCUCUUCCUUCGC